GAAGCUGCCGCACCCCGAGGAGCAGCAGACGGCAUGCAGCCGUGGCCGGCGCACCGCCUUCGAGCUCGCGCUCGCGCUCCCAGGCACGCGCGCUUUUGAGUGGCGGCUCGCGACGUCUCAGGUGGCGGCGGAUCUUGCGGCGCGCGCAUGCGGGAGCUCUGCAGGAAAGUUCUCAUCAGGAGGACGCGGGAAUGGGGAAUGGCGCGCGGGCAUGCGGGCGCUGACCUGAUCUGACGCUCGCGCCACCAUGCGUCUCGCGCUCCUCUUUCUCCUCCUCAUCCUCGCGGUCCUCGCGCUCCUCUCCGUCGGAGAUGCUCGGGAUGCACGCGGGCUGGACGGCCUCGCGCGAUUUGGCUCCAGCGGUGUCAACACCAACUCCUCCACCUCUUCUUCCUCCACCUCCUCGAGACCGAGACGCCACGGGCACGCGCACGGGUACGCGCUUGGGUAUGGACACGGGUACGCGCACCUGCCCCUACCCAUGCACCUGCUGUCAGAAGAUGCCAACAACGGCCUGGGCGCGAGGAGACACAACCGGAGGAGGAAGUUGGACGGCGAGCAGAUGCCCGCCGGAACCGGGACUCCCCCUGGCAACGGGCGCGGUCACGGUAACGCCAACGGUCACGGUAACGCUAACGGUCAAGAGCUGAGCAACGACCGGCGCAAACGAGGCACUAAGGAGCAUCACCACCACCACAACAAGACCACGAAGAAUAAGGACAUGAAGAGCUCCAGAAUACCGCAGAACCGCGGGUCCUCAAUCUCUGCAAUCACCACUAGGACCACAUACUCUUCAUCAUCAUCCUCUUCAUCAUCAUCUUUAAUCAGCUACCUGGAACCAAUGCCCAAACCUCUGGCCCUCACCUCCACCGACCUCCCCUUCCACCUCCCCGGGGAUGAGGAGUUCUACACCCCCCCUCAGGUGGACGACCCCUGGGACGCCACCCCUAUGACCCCCCCAUACCCCGAGGAGGACGAGGAGAAGGAGUACUUCCCCAACCCCUUCUACCCCGUCACCAGCGAGACCUACGGCGCCUACGCCAUCACCUGCUUCUCGCUGCUCAUCUUCGUGGUGGGCGUGACGGCCAACGUGGCCAUCAUGUGCGUGGUCUGCCACAACUACUACAUGAGGAGCAUCUCCAACGCCCUGCUGGCCAACCUGGCCAUCUGGGACCUGGCCAUGCUCCUGUUCUGCCUGCCGCUGGUGGUGUUCCACGAGCUGACCAAGACCUGGGUGAUGGGCCAGUACACCUGUAAGGUCAUCCCUUACAUCGAGGUGGCGUCUUUAGGAGUAACUACCUUCACCUUGUGUGCCCUCUGUAUUGACCGCUUCCGCGCCGCCACUAACGUGCAGAUGUACUACGAGAUGAUCGAGAACUGCACGUCCACCGCGGCCAAGCUGGCGGUGAUCUGGAUCGGCGCUCUGCUGCUGGCGCUGCCGGAGCUCCUGAUUCGCCAGCUGGUGUCGGAGAACAGCGGCGGCGGUGCGGGGGAGGAGGCGGUGGAGGAACAGCGCUGCGUGGUGCGCAUCUCCUCCACCCUGCCGGACACGCUGUACGUCCUGGGCCUGACGUACGAGGGCGCGCGGCUGUGGUGGUGCUUCGGCUGCUACUUCUGCCUGCCCACGCUCUUCACCAUCGGCAGCUCGCUGGCCACGGCGCGCCGGAUCCGCCGGGCGGAGAGGGGCUGCGCCCGCGGCAACAAGAAGCAGAUCCGCCUGGAGAGCCAGAUGAACUGCACGGUGGUGGCGCUGGCCAUCGUUUACGGCGCCUGCGUGGUGCCGGAGAACGUCUGCAACAUGGCGUCGGCCUACAUGGCGGCCGGAGUGCCGCCCGACACCAUGGCCCUGCUGCACCUCAUCAGCCAGCUGCUGCUGUUCCUGCGGGCGGCCGUCACGCCCGUCCUGCUGCUCUGCCUGUGCCGGCCCUUCGGCCGCGCCUUCCUGGAGUGCUGCUGCUGCUGCUGCGGCGGCGGCGAGUCCUGCGGCCUGGCCGGACGCUCCUCGGCCGCCGCCAGCGACGACAACGAGCACGAGUGCACCACGGAGCUGGAGCUGUCCCCGUUCAGCACCAUCCGCAGGGAGAUGUCCAACUACACGGCGGCGGGGUCGCACUGCUGAGAGGGUCGCGCCGGGGGACGGCGUGCCGAUGGACGGCGUGCCAACGUGUGUCUGUUAGCUGUAGGGGUGUAAAAGCUGUUGUGAUGCUUUAGAACGCGAUUUGGUGCUUUAAAACCUCGAAUUUCAUCCCAGUUUGGAGUCCAAGUGGUUUUAGUACAGUUCACCACAGUUUGAUUUAAUUACAGUCAAUUGGGUAGCGAUUCAUUUGGAUGUUCCAUUAGAGAUGCUUCAUACAACUCUGGAAAAAAAUAGAAAAAAAUUAAGAGAGCACUUCAGUUUCUGAAUCAGUUUCUCUGAUUUUGCUAUUUAUAGGUUUAUGUUUGAGUAAAUUGAACAUUGUUUUUUUAUUCUAUAAACUACAGACAACAUUUCUCCCAAAUUACUAAUAAAAAUAUUCUCAUUUAGAGCAUUUAUUUACAGAAAAUUAGAAAUGGCUCAAAUUCAGACCUCAAAUAAUGCAAAGAAAACAAGUUCAUAUUCAUAAAGUUUUAAGAGUUCAGAAAUAAUCAAUAUUUGGUGGAAUAAUCCUGGUUUUUAAUCACAGUUUUUUUUCAUGCAUCUUGGCAUCAUGUUCUCCUCCACCAGUCUUACACACUGCUUUUGGAUAACUUUAUGCUGCUUUACUCCUGGUGUAAAAAUUCAAGCAGUUCAGUUUGGUGGUUUGAUGGUUUGUGAUCAUCCAUCUUCCUCUUGAUUAUAUUCCAGAGGUUUACAAUUUGGUAAAAUCAAAGAAACUCAGCAUUUUUAAGUAUCUCUCUUAUUUUUUUACAGAGCUGUCUAGAUUUAAGAUGUUUUGACUGGCUAAAAAAAUGUUUUGCAGUGCCGGCAAGCAUUCUGUUCAUAAUCACUUUUAAAAAUACAAUGCAUUAACAAUGACUUUAUUGGACAUUUCAAUUUUAACCCCAAAAAAUGGCGUCAUAUUCCUAUUAAUCAUAUAAUUCACUGGGAUCAAUUCUGACAUUCCAAAGAUAAUGCAGUUGAAUCGGCAUCCUCAAAUCCAUUCAUCAGGAUGCACUGAUGCAUUUUUACACCCCUAGUUCUUGCCAACAAUUAUACAUCUUGUACUAUAGUGGUCACUAGCGCUGCUGCUGGAGAUCUACCUUCCUAUAAACCUGCAGGAAGACAGAUCUUCAGGUAGACGGGCUGAUUACCGUAUUUUUCACACUAUAAGGAGCACUGGAUUAUAAGGCGUUUUUAUUAUAAUGUGACACUAGAAAGGAACAAGUGUGUCGCCAUGUUUCCCUUCCAAUUAAGCAGAUCUCUUAGCUGAGCUAAGUAAACAAAACUGUAAUUCUUAAAAAUAAUAUUUUCUUUUAAAGUCAAUCUACACAGAUUGAGUAAAACUCUUCAGUUUAUUUACAGUAAUCUUAGAUUUCCAGAUUUACACUAUGGCUGGGUGCAGCAGCAGCAUUAGCAUUAGCAGCUAACCACUAGCACUAGUCACGGUUAACACUAGUAAAUGCUGACUGAUAGCAACCCAUAGCAACUGAUAGGAACCCAGAGUGUUUCCGUAAGCCAGGGUGAUAUUAGCUAGCGGUUUAUUCCAGGUAGCUUGUUUUACCAAGUUAAAAACAUGCCGACUACAGUCUGAUUUACUCACCUCUGAACAGUUAAAGAGCUAGCGCUUAGCACGGUUAGCGGCUAAUGUUAAUGCUGCUGCAGCAGUGCUAGCCAGAGUUAGCAGCAGACAACAGGUAGAUAAUACUCACCUCUGAACGGUGAAAGAGCUAGCGCUUAGCAUGGUUAGCGGCUAAUGCUAAUGCUGCUCCAUUCACAGUACCUGACUGGUAAAAUUUAUACAUAAGGAGCACUGGAUUAUAAGACAUAAUAAUGAUUUUUUGGGAAAAAUAAAUAAUUUUAAGUGCACCUUAUAGUAGGAAAAAUACGGUAUCUACCAGCUGUACUGUAAAAGCACAUGGUUUCUGAUUUUCACACAUGUAAAUAAAUACUUUGACCUCACACCUCUGCGUAUGUUAAAGAACGGAAAUGUACACGAAUGUGCAUUACGCCAUUUCUGUAUUACUGUCUUUAAAGGAAUGGUUUGGUAAAAAUCUAAACAUGAACCUCAGAUUUAGUCUUAUCAGUUUACCUGGGUAUCUUAGAUAUUUACUUCUUUAUUCUACAAAGAGAAGGAGAUGCUAAGCUAACAUUACUAACUUAACUAAACACUGGAGUGUGUCACAGAACUCAGCUCUGUAAGUGCAUAUACAAGUUUUUUGCAAUUUAUUUGCUAUUAAAGUGUGAGUAAAACAAAAUUGGCAGCAAAAACACAGAUUCAGAUAAAUUAUAUUUAGACAUUUUAAAGUUCAAAUAUGGCUGAUCGACUGCAUCUGAGGUACAGUACCAGUCAAAAGUUAUACACCAUAAAUUCAGUGAUUUUUCAUAUAUUUCUUUUUAAUGUUCUGCAUUGUAGAUUAAUAGUAAAGUCAUCCAAACUGUGAAAAAAGUGUUAAACAAACCAGAAUAUAUUUUAUAUUUUACCUUCUUAGAUGAUCAGCUUUACACAUCUUGACAUUCAUUUUUUCAGUCAGUUUUAUGAGGUAGAGUCUCCUGGAAUUCAGGCUUUCAGUUAACAGCUGUGCUGAACUCAUCAAGAGUUAAUUACUUGAAUUUCUUGUCUCUUAAUAAAGUUAGUUUGAGAGCAUCAGUUAAAGUAAAGUAGUGAAGAGGUAGAGUUACAGGUAUACAGUGAAUAGUGAAUAUUUGAGUAAUGUUCGAAUCCAGGUUAUGAGAAGAAACAACUACUCAACUAAAUAAAGAAAAAAAUACUUUAAGGAAAAAAAUUAAGAAAUUUGGCUGUUUUCUCAAGUGCAGUUGCCACAAAUACCAUCAAAAACAUUAUAAUGAUAAAACUGGCACUCAUCAGGACCACCCCAGGAAAGAAAGAGCAAACGUUCUGUUGCACAAAAUAAAUUCAUUUUUUCAUUCAGUUACCAGCCUUAUAAUCCAUAUCAUGGAAAUAACUAUUCAACUAAGUAAAGAAAAAAAAAAUACUUCAAGAAAAAAAUUAAAGAAGAUCUAAAAAGAAGAAUUUCAAGAACUUUGAAAGUUUAAUUUAUAUGUACAGUCACCGCAAAGACCCUCAGAAUUGUUACAAUGAUGAAACUGGCACUCAUCAGGACCACCCAAGGAAAGGAAGAGCAAAGGUUCCCUCUGUUGCACAGGAUAAGUUCAUCCAAGUAACCAGCCAAAUAAUAUUUUGGCAAAAACUAAAUAAAGAAAAAAAUUGUUUUUUAGAAAAAAAAAAUGGAUAUUGCUGCAUAGGAUUUACCAGCCUAAUAAUCCAUAUUAUGGCAAGAACUAUUUAACUAAGUGAAGAAAAAAGGUCAGUCAAUGUAAAAAGAAGAAUUUCAAGAACUUUAAAAGUUUUAUUUAUACGUACAGUCACCGCAAAGACCAUCAAAAACAUUAUAAUGAUGAAACUGGCACUCAUCAGGACCGCCCAAGGAAUGGAAGAGCUAAAAAGUUACCAGGAUAAGUUGAUCAGAGUUUUACAGAGUAUUUUGGUUUGUUUAACACAUGAUUCAUUGUGUUCUUACAUAGUUUAAAUAGAUCAAUUUACUAUUAAUUUAUUUGUUUACUAUGUAGGAAAACAUAAUAAAAUGUAUAAAAUUAAAUGAGAAGGUGUUUCCAACGUCCAAAACUCAAAGUUCUUUGUAUUUUUGCCAAACUCAUUCCUUUAAUAUGUUCUGUGUUUGGAAAAGCAUAGCGACUGCGUUUGAUUUUGCGUACAGACCCUUUUUGCACUGCCAACCACUUUAGCUUCUUCUUCUUCUUCUUCUUCUUCUUCUUUUUCUUCUUCUUCACGCUGUUCUGACGUCACGCUGAAAGUGUCCCCUGCAUCUUAUCUUUGCGAGUAACAUUUCUAUAAUCUUUCUACAUGACCGUGUGUUGCCGUGCCGUGACAUUUCUUUGGAUGAAGGUGAUUCUUGUAAAUCUUAAAGUCUUAAAGUCAGUCUGUGUGGGGUAUUGUGGGGACUGAAGUUUUAAACUGUUUGUGUCUGAUAGCAGAAACGUGGAUGCUCACACAGUGCUUAGUGUAGUUAAUGUUUUCUAAACCUCAUUUUUAUAUAACCAACAAAAACAUAAAUUCUCUUUAAUAAACAGAAGGGUUUGCUGGGAGGACAGCAAACCGACGUAUUAAAAAGCAAA